AUGGGCAACAAGGACGUCGUCGUCGGCGCCGUCGCCGGCGCCGCCGCGGCCUACGCCCUGGCGACCUACCUCCAGGCCGACAAGCCCACCGCCGCCGCCGCCGCCGCGUCGCCUCGCACCGCCGCCGCCGCGAGCUCUACCACGACGACCACGGACGCCGAGGUCAUCGACGGCAAGGCCAUCGCCGCGCAGAUCCGCGGAGAGAUCAAGGCGAGCGUCGACGCCAUGGCCGCGGCGCGCGGCGGCGCGCGGCCGGGCCUCGCCGUCGUGCUCGUCGGCGAGCGCAAGGACAGCGCGACGUACGUGCGCAUGAAGAAGAAGGCCGCCGCCGAGGUGGGCUUCCACAGCGUCGACGUCAACCUGCCCGCCGACGCGUCGGAGAAGGAGAUCUCCGAGGCCGUCAUGCGUUUGAACGCGGACCCGCAGAUCCACGGCAUCCUCGUGCAGCUGCCGCUGCCGUCGCACGUCAACGAGGCCGCCGUGCUGAAGCGCAUCUCCGUGGACAAGGACGCCGAUGGCUUCGCGGCGCUGAACGUGGGCAACCUGUGCCUCCGCGGCGGCGACGAUCCGUCGGCGGUCGCGUGCACGCCCGCGGGGUGCGCGGAGCUGCUGACGCGGUCCGGCGUCGAGUGCCGCGGCAAGGCCGCCGUCGUCGUCGGCCGGUCGAACAUCGUCGGCAUGCCCGUGGCGGCGCUCCUGCAGAAGAUGGACGCGACCGUGACGGUCUGCCACUCGCGCACGCGCGACAUCGCGGCCGUCGUCCGCGGCGCGGACGUCGUCGUCGCGGCCAUCGGCAAGCCCGAGUUCAUCAAGGGCGCCUGGCUCAAGCCCGGCUGCGUCGUGAUUGACGUCGGGAUUAAUGCGGUGGACGACGCGACGGCGAAGCGCGGCUACCGCCUCGUCGGCGACGUCGACUACGAAGCGGCCAAAAAGGUCUGCUCGAAGAUCACGCCCGUGCCCGGCGGCGUCGGGCCCAUGACCAUCGCCAUGCUGCUCCAAAAUACGCUGCGCCUCGCCGAGCGCACCCUC